AUGAAAAGUUUAUUAAAAUUGUUGACUAUCUCACAGCACAAGCCAGCGAUCGUCUUUCUAAUUGAAACGAAGAUCAGAGAGAAGGAAGAGUUUGGGAGGCUGCAACGGACUCUAGGGUUUGAUCAUGCAGAGGGUUUUUUAAGUGUAGGCCAAUCCGGAGGGUUGGGUUUGUUCUGGAACGAGGAAACUAGGGUUCAUAUUCAUCAGCCCUCACAUGCGCGGUUCAUUGAUGCGGUGGUGGACGAUGACAAUGGAUCGAUCCAGUGGAGACUUACGUGUUUUUACAGCAAUUCGUCGGCGGCAGAAAGACAAGAGUCGUGGAACUUAAUUCGGUCUUUAAGUGACGAUGAUUCACUACCUUGGGUGGUUCUUGGUGACUUCAAUGAGAUGGUGCAUUCAUCGGAGAAACUGGAUGGGAGAUUGAGGCUGGAAAGUCAGAUGCGGGGCUUCCGGGAAGCCCUAAGUUAUGCUGAGUUGGUGGAUUUAGGUUUUCAUGGUUGCCCGUAUACUUGGAGCGAUUAUGAAACUAAGGUUAGGCUGGAUAGAGUGGUGGUCACGGCGGCCUGGCUUGAUAGCUUUUCACAUUCCAGAGUGAUCCAUCUACCGCCCAGUAAAUCGGAUCACAUUCCAAUUUUGCUCCGAGUUAGCGCAAAUCUGAUUGUAGUGAGGAAACGGUUCUAUCGAUUCUGGUUCGAAGCUUUAUGGCUGCAGUAUGACAGAUGCCAUGAAUUGGUGCAAGAACAAUGGCACAAGCCGGUCUCGGGGCAGCCAAUGUUUUUGGUUGCCAAGAAAAUUGAAAAUACAAGUAUUGCCUUGGAUAAAUGGCAACGUCCUUUCUUUGGGAUAGGCAGAAGGCUAUCAAUGCAAUCCGUGGCUAUCACUCCUUCAGUUUCAGAAGAUUUGAAUUUAUCUUUUUGUGCUCCUUAUAGUAGUGAGGAGGUAAGGGAAGCAUUGUUUCAAAUGUAUCCAACCAAGUCACCUGGACCGGAUGGAAUGCCGCCCUUAUUUUUUCAGCACUAUUGGGAGAGUAUUGGUACAGAUGUAACAGAGGUUGUUCAUAACUUUUUGCAUUCUGGUCAGUUACUCAAACAGAUUAAUUUCACGCAUAUUUGUCUGAUUCCUAAGGUUGAUUCUCCUGAGACUAUGGCAGAUUUGAGACCUAUAGCAUUAUGUAAUGUGAUUUACAAGUUAUGCUCCAAGGUUAUUGCUAAUAGACUAAAGAUUUUAUUGCCUCAAAUUAUUUCACCAUUUCAGAGUGCAUUUAUUCCAGGUAGACUGAUUACCGACAACAUGCUGGCAGCUAAUGAGUUGGCAUAUUUUAUUCAUAAUAAAAGAUCAGGUGAUGAGUUCAUGGCUCUCAAACUGGAUUUGAGUAAGGCGUAUGACCGGUUAGAGUGGUGCUUCUUGCAAAAGGUUAUGGAACGGAUGGGCUUCGCUGCUAGUUGGAUCCAGAUGGUUAUGCAGUGUGUUACUACUAUUAGGUACUCAUUUCUGGUGCGGGGUAAGCCUCGUGGAUAUGUGGUUCCAACAAGAGGUUUAAGGCAAGGUGAUCCUCUCUCACCUUAUCUGUUUUUACUUGGGGUUGUGGGUUUGUCAGCUUUGCUACUUAAGAAGGCUGAAUUGGGUGUGUUACCAGGUAUCUCUAUUUGUAAGGGUGCUCCGAUGGUGAAUCACCUCCUCUUUGCAGAUGACAGCAUGCUAUAUGCUAAAGCCAAUUUACAGGCUUGUCAGGCGAUCAGUAAUGUGUUGGAAGUGUAUGGCAAAGCAUCUGGGCAACAGGUGAAUUUUCACAAGAGUUCCGUUACUUUCAGUAAGAACGUUGGGAUAGUGAACCAGAGGUUAUUUGCUUCUUCUUUGGGGGUUGAGGUAGUGGAGUCUCAUGAAAAGUACCUGGGGUUACCUACUUUUGUGGGUAAGAAUAAAACUAGUACUUUUCAAUAUAUUCAGGAAAGGUUGAAUCAUAAACUUAAGACAUGGCAAGGCCGUCUGUUGAGUGGAGCUGGGAAAGAUAUUCUGAUAAGGGUGGUGGUCCAAUCCUUUCCUACAUACGCUAUGAGCUGUUUUCAAUUAACAAAAAAAAUUUGUGAUGAUCUUCAGCAGGGGUGGAGGAUUCUGCAGUAUCUGGAAUCUUUGAUUGCAAGAAUGUAUAAAGCAAGGUACUUCCCGAAUUCUACCUUCUGGGAAGCUGAGAGUCAUCCCACACGUUCUUUCUCGUGGAGGAGUAUCUUUGCUACAAGGAGUGUGUUGGAAAAGGGAGCUAGAUGGCAAAUAGGGGAUGGGAAGGAUAUUUUAUUGUCUGACCCGUGGGUUUGUCAUGGUGAUGAUAUACCUUCUAUUCUUUCUAUUCCUUUAAGUAGCCGGCAAGUAACUGAUCGUUGGAUUUGGCAUUUUGAUACUAAGGGUCUCUUCUCUGAUAAAAGUGCUUACCGACUUUUAAUGGAGGAAGCUAGGGUUGAGGUUGUUCCUGACCAGACACGUAAUUCAUGGAAGAAGUUAUGGUCGGCUAAUUUACCAUGUACAGCUAAAAUUUUCUUGUGGAAGGUGUUGAAUAAUUGUCUUCCAACUGUGGAGAGAUUAAUUGAGAAACAGGUUCCAUUGGAGUCACGGACAUGUAUACUUUGUGGGGUGGAGAAUGAAACAGUUGAGCAUUUAUGUAGGUAUUGUUCUUUUGUGAUGGAGACUUUGGCAGCAAUGCCUGGUUUAGCACAGGUUGAAGCUUUGGCUGGGAGAGAAGCUGUCUCACUUGCUAUUCAGCGAGGCCUUUCUCUUGUGAUUUUUGAGACGGAUUCUGUUACUCUUUUGCAUGCUACAAAGCAGAGAGUCAUCCCUCAUACUUCCUUCAUUGGUCGUGUGUAUGAUGACAUUAUCUUCCAUCUUCAACAGAUGCAAGGUUCUUAUUUUACUUAUGCUUAUCGUCAAGCCAAUGUUGUGGCUCACAAUUUAGCUAGUUUUGCUUAUUCUUCUUCUAGUUCUUUAUUUUGGGGCUCAGAGCCUCCAUCUUGUAUUAUUGAUGUACUCUCAAAGGAGUUUUCCUCCUAG